CUACUGAACAUUGCUCGACCAAGAGCAUGCCACGGCAUACGGGGCGGCGGAAGGUGUCGUCGCAAGCGUCCGUAGAAGAGGAUGCAGCCAUCUCGAGCGAGAUAUUGCCAGUGGACUAUGAAGCAAUGUUGGAAGCGAUGGCAACGAUGGUCGUUCAACUCGACUUGCAGGGCGUCGUCACCUACAUGAAUCGUCGCGCGCAAUGUUUGCUUGAGUGCGAUGCGACCUCUGGGCUCGGUACACCUUUCGUCGAGACAUUCGUCCAGCCUGCCGGUAGAAAAUCUGCUGCCGGUGGCGACGUCGAGACCGACGGCAAUGACGCGUCGGUGUCGUUUGUGACACUGGUGGACUUCGUUUCGAUGGCAAACAAGCACAUCCAGAACGUGGUGUGCACCGCCGAACCCGCUGUGUUUCAAUGCUCCUUGCAGACGUACGGAUCGCCCUCGAGCGUGCUGGAUGUGUUGAUCAGCGCAUCUCCACGUUUAAACUCGACCCGAGACGUCGUGGGAUGCAUCAUCGUCGGCACGGACGUGUCCUCGCUGCAGGACAAGGUACCUUCCACCAGCAAGAGCGAGCACGUGUACGCGCGCAUUUUGGAGCGGGCGAACGCACCAAUCUUUGGGGUAGACCACAUCGGCCGCAUCAACAUUUGGAAUAAAAAGACGGCGGAGAUCACACAAUACGCUGCCGACGAAGUCAUGGGGAAGCACUUGGUCGACACGUUUAUCGCCCCGGCAUAUCGCGGCCCUGUUGGCGCCGUCUUGACGCAGGCGUUGAACGGAAUCGAAACAGCCAACUUUGAGUUUCCGCUCGACACCAAGCACGGCGGGCGGCAGCUCGAGAUCCUGCUCAAUGCUACGUCUCGUUACGAUGAAGUCGGCAACAUUGUCGGCGUCGUCGGUAUUGGCCAGGACAUUACAGAUCGUGUGGCGCAGGAGCAGGAGUACUCGCGAUUGAUCGACAAGGCCAACGCUCCGAUUUUCGGCGUCGAUUCCAAUUGCUGUGUCAACAUUUGGAAUCGAAAAGUGGCUGAGAUCACUCAAUACACGAUGGAUGAAGUCGUGGGCGAGAAUUUGGUCGAAAAGUUUAUCAGCGAGGAGUUUCGCCAGGGGGUGCGCGACGUGUUGAGUAUGGCGCUGCGGGGCGACGAGACGGCCGACUUUGAGGUCCCCCUCGUGACCAAGACGGGACGAAAGGUCAAUAUUUCGCUCAACGCGACGGCGCGAUUCGACCAGAUGGGGCAUAUCAUUGGGGUGGUCGGCAUCGGCCAAGACAUUACCGACCGCAUCGCGCAGGAGCAGGAAUACACGCGGUUGAUCGACACGGCGAACGCGCCGAUCUUUGGAGUGGACCAGAAUGGCCUGGUCAACAUUUGGAACAAAAAGGCGGCGGAAAUCACGCAAUACACGCAGCAAGACGUGAUGGGGAAAAAUCUCGUGGAGAAGUUUAUCACGGAAGACUACCGCAAAGCUGUCGGGUAUGUCUUGUCGCGGGCGUUGCAAGGAACAGAGACCGCCAACUUUGAGUUUCCGUUGAUCACCAAGACGGGCCGCCGCGUGGAAAUUCUGCUGAAUGCGACGCCGCGGUACAACGAACUCGGCAAAGUGAUGGGAAUGGUCGGGAUCGGCCAAGACAUCACGGACCGCAUUGCGCAGGAGCAAGAGUACUCCCGCCUGAUCGACAAGGCGAACGCGCCAAUUUUUGGAGUCGACGCCGACCUGCGCGUGAACAUUUGGAACAAAAAGGCGGCUGAGAUCACGCAGUUUACGAUCGAAGAAGCGAUCGGAGAAAAUUUGGUGGAUACGUUCAUCAGCGAAGAGUACCGGUCCGCCGUGUCGGAAGUAUUUGCGAAGGCAAUGACGGGGACGGAGACGGCAAAUUUUGAGUUUCCACUCAUCACCAAGAGCGAACGACGAGUCGAAAUCUUACUCAAUGCGACGCCGCGGUACAACGAACUGGGGGUCGUCAUUGGAGUGGUCGGCAUCGGCCAGGACAUCACGGAUAGAAUUGCUCAGGAGCAGCAGGAAUACUCGCGAUUGAUUGAUACGGCUAACGCACCGAUAUUUGGCGUCGACUCCAACAUGUGCGUCAACAUUUGGAACAAAAAGGCGGCGCAGAUCACGCAUUACUCGAUCUCUGAGGUCAUGGGCGAGAACUUGGUCGAGACGUUCAUCUCACCAGAGUACCGUCCGGGAGUCGCGGACGUGCUGUCGAAAGCGCUGAAUGGGAUUCAAACGGCCAAUUUUGAGUUUCCGCUAAUCACGCGGCCUGGCACGCGGAUUGAAAUUCUCCUGAAUGCAACCCCUCGCAAUGAUUUGCACGGCAACAUCGUGGGCGUUGUGGGCAUCGGCCAAGACAUCACGGAUCGCAUCUCGCAAGAGCACGAGUACUUUCGGCUGAUCGAUUCGGCGAACGCGCCGAUCUUUGGUGUCGACACGAACGGAAACAUCAACGAGUGGAACCAAAAGAUUGAGUUUAUCACGGGGUACCAAAAGGACGCUGUGUUUGGGAUGGGCCUCGACACGUUUAUCAUUCCCGAGAGUCGGUCGCAAGUCAAGCAGCUGCUCAACCAGGCGCUUAUCGGGAUCGACGUUGGCGAAAUGGAGCUCCCCAUGAUCACGAAGAAGGGAUGCUUUCUCCUCCUCCUCGUCAACGCGUCGUCGAAAAAGGACAUUCACGGCAACAUCCGGGGCGUCAUUGGCGUCGGGCAAGACUACACGGCGCGCAAGCAGAUGGAAGCGGCAAAAGUCAAUUUUCUCGCGUCCUUUAGCCACGAAUUGAGGACGCCUCUGAACGGCGUGCUGGGAAUGCUCGAGCUCCUCAAAGAGCAAAAGCUUGGCAAAGUCCCUGAACGAUACGUCCACAUGGCGUACGUAUCAGGGUCUCUCCUCCUCAACUUGAUCAACGACAUCUUGGACUUGUCCAAGAUCGAAGCCGGCCACUUGGAAAUUCAGUCGGCGCCAUUCCACAUUGGAGACCUCUUGGACUACACGAUCGAGAUCUUCAAAUUCAAAGCGCACGAACGCGGGUUGAAGCUGUCCGUCGUGCUCGCGCCCAGCGUCCCUGAAGUGGUGAUUGGGGACGUGGUUCGAUUGCGUCAAAUUCUCCUCAACUUGCUCUCGAACGCGAUGAAGUUCACGUUGAAGGGCACGAUCACGAUCAAGUGCAGCGUCGCGCCGUCAAACCCGGACCAGCCGCCGCAUCACAAGCGACUUCUGUUUCAAGUCAUCGACACAGGCGUGGGGAUGGAUGCCGAGGAAAAGUCUCGGCUCUUUUCGCUCUUUACCAAGCUCGAGCGCACGCGCAAGAACAACCCGACGGGGUCUGGGCUCGGCCUUGCCAUUUGCAAACAGCUCGUCGAGCUCAUGGACGGCCAAAUCGACGUCGAUUCCGAGUUGGGCAUCGGGUCGGUCUUUUUCUUCUCUGUCGCGGUCCGCGUCAUUCCAGAGGAGCUUUUGCCCAAGCUCGCGCCACAGCUUGAACCCAAGCAGAGCAGUAGCUUGGGCGGCGGGUUCUCCCCCAGCGCGCGGGACGUUAUGGAGUCGGCGGUGCCGAAGCAGGCGCGGAUUUUGGUCGUUGAAGACAACGAUUUCAACUGGGAAGUCGUCAAGUGUUUCCUCCAAGGCGACGACCACUACUUGCAGUGGGAAAUCAACGGCCGCGACGCAGUCGACGCAUACAAGGCGCACCACGAUUCUUUUGAUAUGAUCUUCAUGGAUUGCGAGAUGCCUGUCAUGGACGGGUACUCUGCCACCCAAGCGAUUCGCCAGUUUGAAAUCGGUGCGUGGGGUCCAUCCUAGGGGCUUCUUGGCCACGACGUCGUGAAAGACGCUCUAACGACUUCGUAGAGAACGGCUUGCCGCGUAUUCCGAUCUUGGGGCUCACGGCGUAUGCAAUGUGUGGCGACAGGGAAAAGUGCGUGGACGCAGGCAUGGACGAAUUCAUCGUCAAACCGAUUUCCAAGUCGGGGCUGCUCAAAGCCAUUGCGCACUGGAUGCGCAAGCGGUACAUUCCAAACUUAAACUUGGCCGAGUCGAGUCUCCUCCUCGAUGGGUACCCUGACCUAGUCACGUCAUCGCCGCGGUCGUCCGUGGAGACAGUGCCCGAUCUACCGCCGCCGCUGCAGCAAGACUACUUUACCAACUCGUCGCGAAAACUCAACACAAACCUCGUGCACGCCUCCAACCACACGCAAAACCUCGACUUGACUCGGGCCAUCUCGGACCUCGAACUCGAGGACCCCAUGAUGAUCGGCCGACACCGCGUCAUGCCAGCGUACGAAACGACGACCCUUGGUGACACCACGUCCAACUCGGGUGGAAAGCCGUGCAACCAGUCCAUGUUUAGCCUCGGCAUGUCGUCGUCGACCUCCAACCUGCGGUCGUCUAUGAGCAGUCGAUCUCCAAUUCAAGACAGCACGAGCCCAAUGUCCAAGACGUACCACACGUUCGAGCAGCAGAAGUAUGCGUCGGCGGCUGCCGCGGCGGGUGGACCCGACAGCUUGGCUAAACGGCGGCACACGUCCAACAGUUUGCCGGACGUGACCAAACUCAUGCGCCCGCUGGCGCAAAUAGUCGCCGACGAAGGUGUAGAUUGGCAGCAACCACAGCAUUCCCGAUCGGACAAAGAGUCGCAUAUGAACGUCCACGCAAUGCGCCAACAAGGCCAGGGACCGCCGUCGGCUUUGUCGCCUGCGGUGCCCCCCGUGCUGGCCAACUCGAACACGUCGUCCGUGCUCGACAUUGAAAUUCCCGAAGGCGACCCCGUCGACUACUCGACGGGGGUAUCCCAGUGCGGCGGGAACGAAGAUUUGUUCUUGAAGCUCCUGGAAAUGUACUACGACGGGCUCGACGCGUCGGUCCACAAGCUCGAGAAAGCGUAUUUUAACCAAGACGUGCCUGCCGUUCGGCGGGAGUCGCAUUCCCUCAAAGGCAGCUCGGCAUACGUGGCAGCGAUGCGGGUGAGCAAGGCGGCGUUCCGCGUCCAAGUUGCCGCAGACAUGAUGCUGGGCAAAGAGGCAGCCACACCCGACCCGGCCACGUAUGAAGCGUCCUACCGCCUUCUUGUCCACGAACUCAAGGCCUUGAAAGGGUACUUGCGUCGCAACUUUCAGUUUGCCCGACCUGCGAUGCCAACGACCCGAGGGGCCAGCGAGACGACGCCCAAGGGGACCGGCCCGUGUCAAGUCAUGUAGUCAUCCAUCCAUGCAUGAGAAUGCGUACUUGAGUCCCGCUGUAAAACACAUCCAUAUAAAAUCACGUGCACUUGGAA